GCUCCAAGCGGCGCAGGUACGCCGAAAGUUCCUUCCACCCCAAGAACCUCAUCUACACCCUUAGCUCCUUCCACCCCAAGAACCUCAUCUACACCCGUAGCUCCUUCCACUCCAGUAUUUCAAACCGCAACCCACGGAUCUUUCACCCUUGAACUUCCAGCCACCUCAUCGACACCUCUCGUCAAUGUCGACGAUGACGAUAUCCGCGAGCCCCCUACCCCUGAG